CGUCAACAACGCAGUUGUCAAUUUGAAUGAUAUCGCGGAUAUCACUGAUAUGGCUAAUGGUAUACUUAUAGGAUCGCGGAUGAUGUGUAUUCAGAAGCUCAAAUGAGGUCAGACAAAGAAAAUUGCACGCCCAUCGAUCAAACUGAAGAGUGCAUACGAAUCGGUUAACAUGGCCUUCUUUUGGAUGACUUUCCUGUUCGUCGCAUGCCUGGCGUCAGCUGCGGAUUUCAUGGGUGAAGGGGAGGUAAGAAAUGAGUCUUCCUCGACCGUGCAUACGAUCCUUAAGAGGCUCAAGAGAUCGACCUGCAAGGUGACAGAGAUGAACUGGCACUUGGAAGGGGUUCGUGAAUUGAUCAGCGAAGCCAGCAGCUCAGGAAAAGACGUCAUCAAGUUCAGCGACCGCUUUGUAUUGAACGGAUACACAAUGCGACUAAGGGCUAAAGUGGAACGCAUAGACGGAGAACUGUGGCUGGGAUUGUAUUUGAACCCGUGCGAAGGUCCCACUGACCAGCUUCUCGCAUGGCCUUUCAGGACUCCCUACACUCUAACUGUCUUCCAUCCUAUGGAGAAUACGUUAGACGUCUCGAAAACGGUAUCGUCAUUUUCAUCCACUUCGGCCGAUGUCUUCAAGAGACCAACAACCGGAUGCAACGCCGCCUUUGGAUUCUCCAAGGUGAUAAGAGCAUCCGAAGCAGAAGAACAAGGAUACAUAUUUGACAAUGCCAUCUCUGUUGGUGUUAAGCUCAAUCUGUAAAUUGGGAUUGGUUGCUGGGUCGGUUUUAAGAAAAAAUAAAUUGGGAUUAAGACGAUGA